AUGACAACUAAGUUAGCAGGUCAAUUCAUCAAAGACUUUGAAGCCUGGAGAAUUGAAAAGAUCAAAAAGUUCAUGCCCAGUGUGACAACUGUCGAUCCAAAUUCGUUGACUGUUGCCGACUAUCUCAAACUCUCGACCUUCAAUGAUGCCAAGAUAGAUAUCGUCAAAGAGAAUACCGAUAAAUUAAUGACCAAUGUCAUCAAUUUCUACCAAUCCGAUCUCGGUUUGAGUGCAAUGGCACAAGCAACCCAAGAGCCAGCGGAACGUCCAACCCUCAGCCCAGAGAUUCUCGAGUUUGUCGGUGAUGCCAAAGGAAAGGAACUGUUCCCAAAAUAUGCUAAACUCUCUCUUCUCCUAUCACUUUACAAUUCCAGAAAAGAUUCAAUGUAUCCAACCAACAUCUACGCCAAACAAGUUGAGAAAGAUCUCAAAGACCUCACUGCCAAUACCUACGUCGCCCUGGCAACAAUGAAAUUAUAUUUCUUGGCACUCCGAGACACUCUUCCAGCUUUCUUGCCUUUCAUCUACCAUGCCAAAACCUUGAUUCCUAAAAUCAAAGCGUAUUUGCUCGCCACUGAAGUUACCAAUAAAUUCGUUAGUGAUGCCUUCAAUUUCCAAACGGACCAUUCGACACCUGAUAAGUUGGUAGAUGACUCUUGGCGUUACAACGAGAUCAAAGCCAAGUUGGAUAUUAUUGACCCAACUCUUUCACUCUCCACCUCAGUCACCUCACAAUACUAUAAUACUUUAUUAUUAGUAUCCACCACCCAAUCAAUGAAAAAAACACCAAUGCUCGAAAAGAUCUUUGAAAACGCUAUUAUCCAUUUUUUGGAAGAAGCAGAUAAGAAAGUCAGUGAAAUCUCCAAGACUGUCAAUUCACUUAAAUCUUUGUUUGGUGGAAACAUUGUUGCUCUAUCCACCAAAGUCACACAAGCAUUCUUCCAUAUUCAGUUGGAACCAACUCUCUCUUUUGGAAUCAAAAGCAACCAUGUAUACGGUGUUAGCACUGCCAAAUUUCUCCAAAGGUUGAACAAAGAAACACCAAAAGGCAAAUCCAUUUUAAAUCAUCCAGAAUUUAAUAAUCUUAUGGGAGAUAAAAAUCUACACAGAGUUGCUAAUGGAUUGCUUCUCGGUUGUCAAUUACUAGCAAUUGGAUACGGUGCAAUCAACUACAAGAAAAUGAAUGGAUUCGAAAAAGGAUUGUUUUGGACAUCAUGUGGUUUGACACUCCUGGAUUUGGCUAAUGCUAUCAGUGACAACAAGAUUUUCAUAAAGCUUGGGGAAUCCAUUGGUAAAAUUCUUUCAAAUAAUUCAGGCAAAGUAUUAGCACAAAUAUCCAAUUCAGCUAAAUUGUUCACGAAAGUAUCAGUAUCGAUCGCCAGAUAUGUUAGUCCGGUACUUGCCUUGGUUUCAGCAUACUUCUCACUGGUGGAUUGUUUGCAAUAUGCAAAAAAACAAAAUUGGGGAAUGGUUGCAGUGUCCUAUGUAGAAUACGGUGCGGCUAUUGGCUUGUUUAUAUCAUUGAUUUCGGGUAGUGCAUGCGCUGGUCCAGCCGCUUUGAUUUUCAGCGGGGUGCUAUUGGCCAUUGGAAUGUUCAAGAUGUACUAUGAUUUCUUUACAAUGAUUGGAGAGAUGAUCGAGGAAGCUAAAAAAGGAUCGCCAUUAUCCAAUUUUAUUUAUUCAGUCGAGGAGAAGUAUCGUAUCAGUGAAGAUGAAUUUCUCAUUCUGGGAUUCUAUGCACUCUGGAACGGAACCAAAUCUCCCACUGGAAAGCGUGCAUUAUUGACUAUGAGAUUGUUAGUGUAUACUAAAAGAGAACAAGACUUAUUGAAAGAAUAUGAGUCCAAACAUCCAAAAAUAUUGGCAGAAAUUAAAAAGUAUUCAAAAUAA